AUGUCGACUUUGCCUCGAGCCACGAAAUCGACGUUAACUCCUGCUGGAGUAUCUUUCUUUGAAUCACGCCCGGUGUCGGAUUUCGAUACCGGUUUCAAUUCUUCAACAGCUUGGACACAGGCUAAUCCAAGCACCUCCUUAUCUGACGACGAACUCGAAGUGGAGGACGACGAAGAGACAGGUCAAGCUGCACGAGCACUCUAUCACUUCGAGGGAAAGGCAGAGUUCAGAGAACUGACAGUAGAAGCUGGAGAUGAGCUGGAAGUAUUGAGGGAAGAGGUUGGAGAUGGAUGGAGUCUGGUGCGAGCAGGCAAGAAUGGGGAGGUUGGGUUAUUGCCUCAGACGUAUUAUACGUUUACCUCAGACUUUAUGACUUCCCCGACGUUGGAAAUACCCCCUUUCGAACGGAGAAGGGAACCGUCCGCGCAAUCCAUCACACCCCGCGGCUCCCCCAAGGGAGAGAAACAAGCCCUCCCAAUUAUACCCCAACAUACCGGGGAAUGGUUCCCUAGCUUCCGGCAGAGUCUUCUCGGGGGGAAAAGCUUAAACCGGUUUUCAACCUUUGUGACCAGUGGCGCUGAAGAGUGGGUUCUCAAGGGCUGCAAUUCCGAACCUGCACUACCACCUCGAUCCGUUGAGGACGGCACCUUGGACGAAGAGGACAAUGAAAGCAACCGUCUAAGUAGGGUCGGCAUGGGGGACGCAGACCAACAUUUCGUUGAUGUCGGCCCGGCGUGGAAGACGAAAGUGCCGCCCUUCCGCGUGCUGGUUCACUCUCCGUCUAAGCGAACCUCCAGUCUGUCAGGGGCGUAUACUCUAUACAGCGUCACAUCCCUCUUUCACCCGACUUCGGAACAUGGAACUGGAGAGGACGCGUCUCCCCCAGGCUCGCCUAUGCGCAUCACAGUACACAGGAGAUUCUCGCAUUUCGUGGUCUUGCAUACAGCAUUGACAAGGCGAUUGCCUGGUAUAGCCCUGCCACCACUGCCCGAGAAGCAGUAUGCGGGGCGGUUCAGCGACGAAUUCGUAGAAGCACGGAGAGGGGACCUUGAACGAUAUAUCUGCAGGAUUGCGAGGCAUCCGGUCGCAAGAUACGCAGAAGUCCUGACAUUCUUUCUAGGAUGUGAAAGCGACUUGGAAUGGAAAAGACAGCUCCCUUAUCAUCUUUCCCUUCCCCCAGCUGGUCCGGCAUUCUAUGCGCACGUCUUCCAUCCUGAUUUCAAUCUGGAUGCUGAGGACGCUGCGGAUGCCGUAGAACGGUUUGAUGUCCAUACUCGCGGCGUAGGGAAAGGCGUGCAAACCCUGCGCAAUAUUUUCGGUCAAGUGAGGGAAGCACGACUAGAGAUGUCGAAGGCGGAGAGGAUGCUCUCUUACGCCCUGUUGUCAUUGAUUACGUCGAAGCCUCUGGCGUCGGCCCCAACGACUGGCAUUAGUGAACUAGACGAGGAGGAAGGCAACUUCAAAGUCAAAGGCAUGCUCAAUGACGAAGGCGCUUGGUGCUGGCGAGACGGGUGUCGAGACUGCCUCAAGCUGACGAAGGCAAUGCAGAAGACAUCGGAGACAUUGCAAAACGUUGCUGACCUGUAUGACGAUCAUGCCAGGCGAACGCAGUUGGCUACGCAUGAAGCACUUAAGAGCGUGGCACAUCCCUCAUCUAUGUACAGCGGGAUAGUCGAGACCCAUAGAUCAGCCCUCUCCCGAUACAACGCUGCCGUGGCGCAACCCUCCCCAGAUGAAGAGGUAGCGGCUCGAUGCGAGACGGUCCUGAAUACGACCAUGGCGGAAAUGGAGACGUACCACGCGCAGAAAGUCGAAGAUUUUCGCACCAUUGCGACGGAGCACCUCGACGGAGAGAUUGCCUUUUACGAGCAGAUUCUGGGUCGGCUGAGGGCUGCUCGCCGAGCAUACGACCCUCCACAGUAUGAUCAAGGCGGUGACUCCCCCAGGCAGCCGUCGAUGUACGAGAGGGAGUUGGAGAACCCUCGGCUCACUGUAAAGCCAUUAUCCCAGCCAUGUCCACACGUCUACGAUUCGGCACCCAUGCGACCUGUAAGUGCCGCAAUACAGGAAGGUGUAGGUAUGAUCUUCCGUGGCUCGACCUUAGGACGAAGCAGUGUUUUUGGCAAAUUUUGGUGAUAUUAGAAAGGAUAUCAUGUUACGGUGCACGUAUACC